ACAUCGACGAGUGCGAGAACCACCUGGCGUGUCCCGGCCAGGAGUGCGUCAACACCGCGGGCUCCUUCCGCUGCCAGCCCUGCCCCGACGGCUUCCGGCUGCGCCAGGGGCGCUGCGCAGACGUGGACGAGUGCUCGGGGGGCUCCCCCUGCGCCCCCCACGGCCGCUGCCUCAACACCGCCGGCUCCUUCCUCUGCGAGUGCCAGCGCGGCUACCGCGCCGCCGCCGGCGCCACCGCCUGCCAGGACGUCAACGAGUGCCUGGAGGGUGACUUCUGCUUCCCGCACGGCGAGUGCGUCAACACGGCCGGCUCCUUCCGCUGCCUCUGCGCCGACGGCUACGCCGGCACCGCCGACGGCACCGCCUGCACCGACGUGGACGAGUGCCAGGAGUACGGGGCCGGGCUCUGCGGGGCGCAGCGCUGCGAGAACAUUCCGGGCUCCUAUCGCUGCGUGCCCGAGUGCCAGCCGGGAUUCCGGCCCGGAGACGGCGGCGACUGCCUCGACGUGGACGAGUGCUCCAACGGGACCCUGUGCGGCGCCCACGCCACCUGCCACAACCUGCCCGGCUCCUUCCAGUGCGCCUGCGACCCCGGCUACGAGACCGCCCGGCACGGCCACCACUGCGUGG